AGAAAAAAAAAAAAAAUAAAAAAAUCUUUCACUCCCCCAAACCGUGCUUUCGUCAGCGGUGAUCUCCCAGCGGCCGCCUCCAGACUCCAAUCCACGGCUCCGCUCUCCUCCGACGGGGCCACAGAGCAGAGGAGGUACCCGCUCCACAAACCCAAAAAACGCACGGCCCGCGGAGCGCACGAAAGAAGAUGUGAACCCACACCCCGAUCUCCAAUCUCCACCGCUUUUUCCUUUUCCUUCCCCACACAUCUCACGCUUCGGACUCCGGCACGGCGUUCGGGGGCGGUAAAUGCACGUUGCAGCGGUUUUUUUCUUUUGCUUUUUCUUUUUGAUUUUCGGGAUUUCUGGCGCGUUAUGGCACUCCGCCGCUGCCGCUGCUCCAACUCCACAUCCGGGCCACAAUGCACAGACUCCAUUAUUGUGUAAAUCUGACGGAGUUUCUGCACAAACCCGGUGAUUUUUCGCGUUCGGAGAGACGUUUCUGCGGGCUGCCGUGAAGAUCUGGACAUGUCGAACCAGGGGAUCCGGCGGAACGGCCCGGUGAAGCUGCGCCUCACAGUUCUCUGCGCCAAGAACCUGGCCAAGAAGGACUUUUUCCUAGGUAAUGUGCCUGUGCUGUCUCUAGGCCUGCCCGACCCCUUCGCCAAAGUGGUGGUGGACGGUUCAGGACAAUGCCACUCUACAGACACUGUGAGGAACACGCUAGACCCCAAGUGGAACCAACACUACGACCUAUACAUUGGGAAGUCGGACUCCAUCACGAUCAGCGUCUGGAACCAUAAGAAGAUCCAUAAAAAGCAGGGGGCGGGGUUUCUGGGCUGCGUGCGCCUUCUGUCCAACGCCAUCAACCGCCUUAAAGACACCGGCUAUCAGAGACUAGACCUGAACAAGCUGAGCCCCAACGACAGCGACACAGUUCGAGGGCAGAUUGUUGUGAGUCUACAGUCCAGGGACCGGAUAGGCUCUGGGGGCCCCGUGGUGGACUGCAGUCGCCUCUUCGACAAUGACCUUCCAGACGGUUGGGAGGAGAGGAGAACCGCGUCGGGGAGGAUCCAGUACUUGAACCACAUCACACGCUCUACACAGUGGGAGAGGCCCACCAGACCUGCAUCGGAGUACUCCAGCCCGGGUCGACCUCUGAGCUGCAUCGUAGACGAGAACACGCCCAUCACUACAAACGGAGCCACGCCCCCCACGCCCACAGUGCCCACCAACGGGGGCGACCAGAGGGCCCAGGAGAGGAGGGUCCGAUCGCAGAGGCACCGCAACUACAUGAGCAGAACACACCUACACACUCCCCCAGACCUGCCCGAAGGAUACGAGCAGAGGACCACGCAGCAGGGCCAGGUGUACUUCCUCCACACACAGACAGGGGUCAGCACGUGGCACGACCCCAGAGUCCCCAGAGACCUGAGUAAUGUGAACUGCGAGGAGCUGGGCCCUCUGCCUCCGGGAUGGGAGAUCAGGAACACGGCCACGGGGAGGGUCUACUUCGUGGACCACAACAACCGCACCACGCAGUUCACCGACCCGCGCCUCUCCGCCAACCUGCACCUCGUCCUCAAUCCAACUCCCACUCCGAACGGUGGACCGACUCGAGGAGGCUCUGACAACCAGAACAGCAGGCCUCAGACUCAGCUGAAGGAGCAGGCCCAGCAGGCUCUGGUGUCUCCCAGUCAGCUCCCAGAAGACGCCGAGUGUCUCACCGUGCCCAAGUACAAGAGAGACCUGGUCCAGAAGCUCAAGAUCCUGAGACAAGAGCUGUCCCAGCAGCAGCCCCAGGCCGGACACUGCCGCAUCGAGGUGUCCAGGGAGGAGAUCUUUGAGGAAUCGUAUCGACAGGUGAUGAAGAUGAGGCCGAAGGACCUGUGGAAGAGGCUCAUGGUGAAGUUCAGGGGAGAAGAGGGGCUGGACUACGGAGGAGUGGCCAGGGAGUGGCUGUACCUGCUGUCUCACGAGAUGCUCAACCCGUACUACGGCCUGUUCCAGUACUCCAGAGACGACAUCUACACACUGCAGAUCAACCCGGACUCGGCUGUCAACCCCGAGCACUUGUCGUACUUUCACUUCGUGGGCAGGAUCAUGGGCAUGGCGGUGUUCCACGGGCACUACAUCGACGGAGGAUUCACUCUGCCCUUCUACAAACAGCUGCUGGGCAAACCCAUCACCCUGGACGACAUGGAGUCUGUGGACCCGGACCUGCACAACAGCCUCGUCUGGAUACUAGACAAUGACAUCACAGGUGUGCUGGACCACACCUUCUGCGUAGAACACAACGCUUACGGAGAGAUCAUCCAGCACGAGCUCAAGCCCAACGGGAAGAGCAUCUCCGUGACCCAGGACACGAAGAAGGAGUACGUGCGUCUCUACGUGAACUGGAGGUUCCUGCGCGGCAUCGAGGCCCAGUUCUUAGCUCUGCAGAAAGGCUUCAACGAAGUCAUCCCCCAGCACCUGCUCAAGGCCUUCGACGAGAAGGAGCUCGAGCUGAUCGUGUGCGGCCUGGGAAAGAUCGACAUAAACGACUGGAAGUCCAACACGCGCCUGAAGCACUGCACGUCCGACAGCAACAUCGUGAAGUGGUUCUGGAAGGCCGUGGAGUCGUUCGACGAGGAGAGGAGGGCGCGCCUGCUGCAGUUCGUCACCGGAUCCUCCAGGGUGCCUCUGCAGGGAUUCAAGGCUCUACAGGGAGCUGCAGGUCCGCGCCUCUUCACCAUCCACCAGAUCGACGCCAGCACCAACAACCUGCCCAAAGCCCACACCUGUUUUAACCGGAUCGACAUUCCCCCGUACGAGCACUACGACAAACUGUACGACAAGCUGCUGACGGCCAUCGAGGAGACGUGCGGCUUCGCUGUGGAGUGAAGCCGACCCGCGAUUCCGAGGGACGCAACGGCCGAGUCGCGGAACCAACAAACUCAACAAACUCAACAAACCAACCAACGGACCCCUCCAGCUGCUACGAACUCUACUCACUAACUCGUGGAAAAUACCGACACUUUGCUCUUCCUUUUGUAUCCUAUCAAAUACUUCAUGUAGCAACCGUGUUUUAAAGGGCCCGUAUUGCACUUUUUCUCAUCCGUGUUGUAAUGUUGUAUUUUCGUCGCAAACGGACCUGGAGUUGUGUUUCGUUUUGUCUCGUUCACGCAAGUUUUACGCAAAAAAACGUGCCGUAUUUAGGCUGAGUUCUUCUCGCAAACUCAAAACGCGCUGUUCCGCCCUUUUGACGUCAUUAUGUGGUGAUACGGGAAAUGCUCCACUUCGUUUUUAAACUCUUUACACUUUCACUGGAAUCAUUUGGAUCACGUCAGCCCUGGAUUUGCCAAACUCUGAAGUCACAGCUGUCAGACUUUCUAUUGGCGAUCUCAGUUGUGCGUAAAAUAAAAGUAAAUAUUCAAAAAUCAAAGCAACGACAUAUGAUUAUUCUAGAGUAUUGUAGAGUAAAUCGGUGUUCACCUUAAAAACUACCACUAAAUGACAUCACAAAAUGGAACAGAGCAUUUUGAGCUUUGGCGAUAUUUUUCAGACGAUAAGGCGCAUUUAAAGUCCUUUAAUUUUCUCAAAAACAAUGAAAAGCCCAGACUUUAUUUAACCAAGUUCAAAAUAUUAUUGAUAGAAGAGGAGGAGACACGUCCACGCAGCCUGGUUUAGUCCUGUUAAAUCCUGUUUUAGACCCGGUUUAGUCUUGGUUUACUCCUGGUUUAGUCCUGGUUUAGACCUGGUUUAGACCUGGUUUAGACCUGGUUUAGACCUGGUUUAGACUUGGUUUAGUCCUGGUUUAGACCUGGUUUAGACUUGGUUUAGACCUGGUUUUAGACUUGGUUUAGACCUGGUUUAGACUUGGUUUAGACCUAGUU